UCUAAGUGAUAGUACCGCUCCAGCCAGUUGCAUGUUUUUCAAUCACAUAAGCUGAUAAAGAAUGUGCGCCACUGCAAAAAUAAGCAGCAUUCAAGUUCAAGUUCUCCGAAAAAGAUGAAAUUGCUCAGUGUUUCGUUACUUUUGGUAUUAUGUUCAGCAGUAGUCACUGACUGUAAACCGUUCGAGUUAGUAUCCAACAUCUAUAGCACGGUAUCAGACGUUGUGAAAGCAAAGCUUAGAAUUGGUUCCCGAUUGAUUUCUAACGUUCCAGUCCUUUUACCCAGCUUCGAAGAAAUCAGCGAAUUCGGAAAGCAAACGAUUUUGAGUUACCCACUGGAAGCCAUAACCGCAGGAAUACACACAUUUUGUUCGGCGGCGGUGGCAACGAAUGGUACCGAACCGUUAUUCGAACCCGACUUGAGUAGGAUGAAUUAUGUACUAAUGACCGAUAGCGGAAACUAUUCAUACUCGCUUGAUCAUUACGAAGAAUUGUGGAACAGUUCCUUCUUUUCACAUCAACUGAAUACGGUAGUCCUCGUGACUGGUUGGUUGACAACUAUCAACGAUGCUAACGAGGCAGUAGACGCUCUUUAUAAAGCAUAUCGAACUAGAGGUACGAUAAACUUCAUAGUGAUCGAUACAGCUUCGCAUCUUAACACUUUGUACACGUGGUCAUCGUUCAACACCAAUAACUUGGGAGAGUCUCUUGGUGACGGUUUAGCCAAACUGGUACAAUAUGUGCCAGUAGAGUCAAUUCAUUUGAUCGGGCAUAGUUUGGGAGCACACAUUGUCGGAGCUGCAGGACGGCGAUUCCAAGAAUUAAAAGGAUUUAAUCUACCUCGAAUCACAGGCCUGGACCCGGCAAAUCCUUGCUUCAAUGAGGGUGAAAGUUUGUCUGGAUUAAGUCGUGGCGAUGCCGACCUUGUGGAUGUGAUUCACAGUAACGUAAGAGUUCUGGGGAAACGUGAUCCGAUUGGCGAUAUUGACUUCUAUCCUAACGGGUUAAAUUCAAUUCAACCGGGAUGCUAUACCAUAAUCUGUUCGCAUAGUCGUGCUUGGGAAUAUUACGCUGAGAGUGUCUAUCCGGGAAAUGAACGUAAUUUUAUUGGGGUUAAAUGCAACGGCCUUUCUGCGCUUAUCAGUGGACUAUGUCGACGACAAAAAGCUGUAAUGGGUUACGCUGUUAGUAACAACGUCAGAGGAAAUUUUUUCUUGCGCGUUAAUUCGGAUGCUCCUUUUGGAAGAAAAGAUGUUUAUUAAACGCAGGCGAUAUUGGAAUGAACGUAAACCAUAUAGGAUCAAUAAAUCUUCAA